UGUAUAAAUAAAAGUUUUGUUGAAGAGGUUUUUGAACAACAAUCAUGAAGGGGAUAAAGUUGUUGGUGUCAAUGUCACAAGCUAUGAUGAUCUUGCUUCUAGUUUGUACUGUGCUUGUUAUGUUGCCGGUGGCCUCUGCUAAACGGUGGAUUGUAGGAGACAAGAAGGGUUGGACUACGAAUAUUAAUUACUCUACAUGGAUUGAAGGCAAUAAUUUCUACAAUGGUGAUUGGCUUUUUUUUUCGUAUGAUAGGAACCAAAUGAAUGUGCUAGAAGUGAACAAAACAGAUUAUGAAACUUGUAACUCGGAUCAUCCAAUUUACAAUUGGGCAGCUGGAGCUGGAAGAGAUGUUGUUCCAUUGAAUGUGACUCGCGAUUACUAUCUCAUCAGUGGCAAAGGAUUUUGCUUUGGUGGUAUGAAGUUAGCUAUUCAUGUCAAAAACUAUCCACCUCCGCCUGUAGCUAGGGGUGUACAUGGGUUGGGUCAACCCAAAAAAUCCCGUAAAACCCAUCCAAAAAACCAAAAAAAGAGGGUUGGAUCGGGUAAUUGCAAAAAACAACGAUGAAGAAAAGCAACUUUUUCAUAUUUUCUUUCAUGUUAAGCAAUGUCUGGUGUUUGUGCUUUAAAAUGUAUUGUGUCUCUUUAUUAUACUAUGCCUUACAUGCUAGAAACCAGUUUAAUUAUUGACU